UCUCCUUUACCAAUCCCGCCCCGGCCAGACUUCUCUGCCACUCUGCCUUGACAAAUCCACCCCCCAUUUUUAAGCUUGGUUGAGAGUACUUGGGUCACUUAUCAACUCUCGUUCGUGCUGGAAGAUCCCCACUAGCACCAUGAGACUCAGCCUCGUCCCCCUCCUUUUUGGAGCGACUUCGGUCGCCUCCAGACUCUAUGCGGCGUCGUACGCCGGCACGGUCACCACCUUGUCCCUGUCUCAAUCGCGAGGCCAGUAUGAGCUGGACACCAUUGCUCAGUCCACGGACUGUGGUGUCAACCCCUCCUGGUUGAUGCUGGACAGCGAACACCGUGUCCUGUACUGCCUGGAUGAGGCUGUCGACUACACCAACGGUACCUUGACCUCGUUGGCCAUCGGGGCCAAUGGCACCUUGACCCGCAUUGUGCAGCGCGAGACGCUUGCUGGCCCCGUCAUGUCGCAGUUCUACUCCGCUCCGGGCCUUCCGAACCGCAAGUUCUUCGCCGUCGCUCACUACUCAGGAUCCGCCGUCACGACUUACUCCCUGGACCCCAUCACGGGUGUCUUCAAUCGCUCCCAGACCUUUACCUACACUCUUGCCCAGCCGGGCCCCAAUGCUGACAGACAGGAUGCGCCCCAUUCCCAUGGCGUAAUUGUCGACCCCACCGGAAAGUUCGUGCUAGUGCCCGAUCUGGGUGCUGACCUCGUUCGUGUCUUCCAUGUCAAUCCUGCCACAGGGCUGCUGGAGCCGCAGAAUCCUCUGGUUGCGACCCCUGGCUCUGGGCCCCGCCACGGUGUGUUCUGGACUCCCAAGGAAGCUGCGGUCGGUCACAAGGAGACCCUUUUUUACCUGGUGUCGGAACUGAGCAACGGUCUCACCGGCUACCGGGUCUCGUAUCCCAACGGAACCAUCUCUUUCAGCGAGUUCUACACCACCAACUCUUAUGGCGGAGCAGUGGCCCCUAAUGCCUCCAAGGUCGCCGAGAUUGCCAUCUCGCCGCAAAACAACCGCAUCGUGCUGAGCAACCGGGGUGACAACACCUUCGGAGUUAACAACGACUCCAUGGCUGUCUUCGGCUGCGCUGACGCCACCGGAAACAUUCCCACCAACAUCACCUUCCACGGACUGUAUCCCGCCUACGGAUCCUAUCCCCGCCAGUUCGAGAUGUCUGCGAAGAACGAGAUGAUCGCGGAGGCUCUGCAGGAAUCCCACGCCGUGGUGGUGACGGGAUGGAACAGCACGACCGGAAAGCCCGGAUCGCUUCUGGCCAGGAAGUCUCUGGUGGGUGAGGUGGUGUCUGUGGUCUGGGAUACUUUGUAAUUCCAGGGCUGUGCGAGUAGUCUUGGCUGCCAGGAUCGCUCUGUCUCAGAGCGGGCCUAGCUAGACUGUAGAUCAUGUCUCAUUAUCAGUAGAGGGAAGGCUGAGACGCUUCCGUUGUGACUAUGCCACAUUAUGUCAUUCUUUUUAGAGUUAGUGAAUUAGUGAAUGAGACGAAUUACGUUAAGUGCCAU